AUGCAUGCCUUGUAUGCAUUUUGUUCUAACAGGUUUGCUCUCCAUCCUAAGAGUAACCAUCCUCAUUUAUCAAAUAUCUUAACAAGUAUUGGGUUUUUGGAUGAGGUUAGGCAUGUUCAGGUUUACCGUGGAUGUAAAUUUCUAGAUGCAUUGGAAUUAUCUCAAAGUCCUCUAUUAUUGCAAUUGAUGACAGACCUCCUUUGUCGGGAAAAGCUUCAUGUUAUGGAAGAAUUAUUUCAGUCCACUUUUAGAAAGAUUGCUCGAAAGAGUUCAUGUGCCGCACAAUUAGACCUUCUAGAAAGUGUUUACAGAAUGUUCCAGAGGGAUGACCUACUUUCAAAUGCCACCCGCCAGGCUUUUGUAGACCGUUCUCUUCUUACUCUGUUGUGGCAUUGUAGCCUGGAGGCUUUGAGAGGCUUUUUUAGCAAAAUUGUGGUGGAUGCCAUCAGUGUGCUGAAGUCCAGGUUUAUAAAGCUAAAUGAAUCAACUUUUGAUACUCAAAUCACCAAGAAGAUGGGCUAUUAUAAGAUGCUAGAGGUGAUGUAUUCUCGUCUUCCAAAAGAUGAUGUUCACUCUAAAGAAUCCAAAAUUAAUCAAGCUUUCUAUGGCUCAUCUAAUACAGAAGGAAGUGAACUUACAAAGAUGCUCAUUAAAUUGUGCUAUGAUGCCUUUACAGAGAACAUGGCGGGGGAGACUCAGCUACUUGAGAGGAGAAGGAUUUACCACUGUGCCGCAUACAACUGUGCAAUUGCUCUUAUCUGCUGUGUCUUUAACGAACUAAAAUUUUACCAAGGCUUUCUCUUUAGUGAAAAGCCAGAAAAGAACUUGCUUAUUUUUGAAAAUCUGAUAGAUGUGAAGCAGUGCUAUACAUUUCCGGUGGAAAUUGAGGUUCCUAUGGAAAGAAAGAAAAGAUACAUUGAAAUUAGGAAAGAAGCCAGGGAAGCAACAAAUGGGGGUUCAGGUGACUCUCAUUAUAUAUCUUCCUUGUCGUAUCUGGCUGACAGUAGCCUGAGUGAGGAAAUGAGUCAGUUUGACUUCUCCACUGGAGUCCAGAGCUAUUCAUACAGUUCCCAAGAUCACAAAUCCACCACUGGCCACUUUCAGAGACGGGAACAUAAAGACCCCAUGAUCUCUGACGAUAUCCUGGAGUUAGAAAUGGACGAACUCAAUCAACAUGAGUGUAUGGCGACCAUGACCGCCCUCAUCAAGCACAUGCAGAGAAGUCAGAUCCUGCCAAAAGAAGAAGAGGGUUCAGUGCCAACAAGUCUCCCACCUUGGAUGAAAUUUCUUCAUGAUAAACUAGGGAACCCAUCCACAUCGUUAAAUAUCCGUCUCUUCUUAGCCAAGCUUAUUAUUAACACAGAAGAAGUCUUUCGCCCCUAUGCGAAGUACUGGCUCAGCCCCUUGCUGCAGUUGGUGGUUUCAGAAAACAACGGGGGAGAAGGAAUCCACUACAUGGUGGUUGAGCUAGUGGUCACUGUCCUUUCGUGGACAGCAGUGGCUACUCCUGUGGGGAUCCCUAAAGAUGAAGUGCUAGCAAACCGGUUGCUUCAUUUCCUCAUGAAACAUGUUUUUCAUCAGAAAAGAGCUGUGUUUAGACACAACCUAGAGAUCAUAAAAACUCUCGUGGAAUGCUGGAAGGAUUGCUUAUCUGUCCCUUACAGGUUAAUAUUUGAAAAGUUUGCCAGCAAAGAUACUAAUUCUAAAGAUAAUUCAGUAGGAAUUCAAUUACUGGGGAUUAUAAUGGCCAAUAAUUUGCCUCCCUAUGAUCCAAAGUGCGGCAUAGAAAGUGCAAAAUACUUUCAAACUUUGGUUAAUAAUAUGUCUUUUGUAAAAUACAAAGAAGUAUAUGCAGCGGCUGCAGAAGUGCUGGGACUUAUUCUUCGAUAUGUUACUGAGAAAGAGCAUAUGCUGGAGGAAUCCCUGUGUGAACUGAUAGUCAAAGAGUUGAAACAACAUCAGAAGACAAUGGAGGACAAAUUCAUCGUUUGCUUGAACAAAGUGGUGAAGAACUUCCCUCCCCUGGCCGACAGGUUUAUGAACACCAUCUUCUACCUGCUGCCCAAAUUUCAUGGCGUGAUGAAGACUCUCUGUCUAGAGGUGGUCCUGUGUCGAGCAGAGGAAAUAGGAGAUCUGUACCUGCAGCUGAAGAGCAAGGACUUCGUCCAAGUCAUGAGGCACAGAGAUGAUGAAAGACAAAAAGUGUGUUUGGACAUAGUUUAUAAGAUGAUGGCAAAAUUGAAACCAGUAGAACUCCGUGAACUCCUGACUCCUGUUACAGAGUUCAUUUCUCACCCCUCUCCAGUGUGCAGGGAGCAGAUGUAUAAUAUCCUGAUGUGGAUUUACGACAAUUACCGAGAUCCGGAAAGUCAAACAGAUGAUGACUCCCAGGAAAUAUUUAAGUUGGUGAAAGAUGUGUUGGUUCAAGGACUGAUCGAUGAGAACCUUGGGCUUCAAUUAAUUAUUCGAAAUUUCUGGAGCCAUGAAACUAGAUUACCUUCAAAUACCUUGGACCGAUUGUUAGCAAUCAAUUCCUUAUAUUCUCCUAAGAUAGAAAUGCACUUUUUAAGUUUAGCAACGGAUUUUCUGCUUGAAAUGACCAGCAUGAGCCCAGAUUAUUCAAAUCCUAUGUUCGAGCAUCCUCUGUCAGAAUGUGAAUUUCAGGAAUACACAAUUGAAUCUCACUGGCGUUUUCGAAGUACUGUUCUCACUCCGAUGUUUAUAGAGACUCAGGCCUCCCAAAGCACGCUUCAGAUGCAGAACCAGGAGGGUUCCCUGCCAAAUCGAGGGGCAAAGGAAAGGCAGAUACGGGCCACCCAACAGCAAUAUGACUUCACACCCACACAGAAUACAGAUGGAAGGAGUUCCUUCAACUGGCUGACUGGAAGCAGCAUAGACCCUCUGGUGGACUACUCGGCCUCCUCAGCAUCUGACUCCUCCUCUUCCUCCUUGCUGUUCGCUCAUCAGAGGAGUGACAGGAUCCAGAGAAUACCCAUGAAGUCGGUGGGCCCUGAUUUUGGGAAGAAGCGACUGGGCCUUCCGGGAGAUGAGGUUGAUAGCAAAGCAAAAGGUGUGGACAACCGGGCAGAAAUACUCAGGUUACGCAGGCGAUUCUUAAAGGACCAAGAGAAGCUCAGUUUGAUUUAUGCCAGAAAAGGUGUUGCUGACCAAAAACGAGAGAAGGAGAUGAAGAGUGAGCUAAAAAUGAAGCACGAUGCCCAGGUUGUCUUGUAUAGAAGCUACCGACAAGGAGACCUUCCUGACAUCCAGAUUAAAUACAGCAGCCUGAUCACUCCCCUGCAGGCUGUAGCCCAGAGAGACCCUAUAAUUGCAAAACAGCUGUUUGCCAGCUUGUUUUCUGGAAUUAUGAAAGAGAUGGAUAAAUUUAAGACCCUGUCUGAAAAAAACAGCAUUACUCAGAAGCUGCUCCAGGACUUCAAUCAUUUCCUCAACUCCACUUUAUCUUUCUUCCCACCUUUUGUUGCUUGUAUCCAGGAAAUCAGCUGCCGGCACCAGGAUUUACUGAGCCUGGAUCCACCCUCUGUGAGCACAGCUUGCCUGGCCGGCCUCCAGCAGCCCGUGGGCGUGCGCCUGCUCGAGGAGGCCCUGCUGCACCUGGCGCCCCCAGAGCCUCCUGCCAAGCGGGUGCGGGGGAGACCCCGCCUCACCCCGGAUGUCGUCAGAUGGAUGGAACUUGCUAAGCUGUACAGAUCUAUCGGAGAAUACGAUGUCCUCCAUGGCAUUUUCAGCAGUGAGAUAGGAGCAAAGCAGGUCACUCAGGAGGCCUUAGCAGCAGAAGCCAGGAGUGAUUAUUCUGAAGCUGCUAAGCAGUAUAACGAGGCUCUCAACAGGCAAGACUGGGUGGAUGGCGAACCUGCGGAAGCUGAAAAGGACUUUUGGGAACUUGCAUCCCUUGAUUGUUACAACCACCUAGCGGAGUGGAAGUCACUGGCAUACUGCUCCACAGUCAAUGUGGACAGCAACUCCCCACCAGAUCUCAACAAAAUGUGGAGUGAGCCAUUUUACCAGGAGACCUACUUGCCCUACAUGAUCCGCAGCAAGCUCAAGUUACUGCUGCAGGGAGAGGCUGACCAGUCCCUGCUGACAUUCAUCGAUGACGCUGUGAGCAAGGAGCUACAGAAGCUGCUGAUAGAGCUACACUACAGUCAGGAACUGAGUCUCUUGUACAUAUUACAAGAUGAUAUCGACAGAGCCAAGUAUUACAUUGAGCAGUGCAUUCAGAUCUUCAUGCAGAAUUACUCUAGUAUCGAUGUCCUCUUACACAGAAGUAGACUCACCAAAUUACAGUCUGUACAAACUUUAAUCGAAAUUCAGGAGUUCAUCAGCUUUAUCAGCAAACAAGGUAAUUUGUCAUCUCAAGCUCCCCUUAAGAGACUUCUGAGAACCUGGACAAACAGAUAUCCAGAUGCUAAAAUGGACCCAAUGAACAUCUGGGAUGACAUCAUCACUAAUCGAUGUUUCUUCCUCAGCAAAAUAGAGGAGAAGCUUACCCUUCUUCCAGAUGACCACAAUAUGAGCAUAGACAGUGAGAGAGAUUCUGGUGACCAGAUGGACAUGCAGGAGCAGGAGGAAGACAUGCCCUCUCUGGUCCGGAGCUGCAAGUUCUCUAUGAAAAUGAAGAUGAUAGAAAGUGCAAGAAAACAGAGCAAUUUCUCACUUGCCUUGAAGCUACUGAAGGAGCUGUAUAGAGAGUCAAAAACAAGAGUGGACUGGCAAGUGAAGUGGGCCCAGAGCUACUGCCGACUCAGCCACAGUCGGAGCCGGAGCCGGAGCUGGAGCCGCCCAGAGCAGGUGCUCACGGUGCUGAAGACUGUGUCCUUGCUAGGUGAGAACAGGUCAAGCUACUUAAGCAAAAAUACUGUGGCUCUCCGUGACCAGAACAUUCUCCUGGGUACAACAUACCGGAUGUUGGCUGAUGCUCUGAGCAGUGAGCCCAACUGCCUUGCUGAAAUCGAGGAAAACAAGGCUCAGAGAAUCAUGGAGCUCUCUGGAUCCAAGCCAGAGCAUACAGACAAGGUGGCCGCAGGCCUGUACCAGAGAGCCUUCCAACAUCUUUUUGAUGCUGUUCAAACAGCUGAGGAAGAGAUCAAGUCUUGCCCCAUGGGUCAGGCUCCUGAAGCAGGGAUAACAGAGGCCUAUAUGACAUUGGUUGACCUCUGUGACCAACAGCUCCACAAGGAGGAAGAGAGUGCACCAGGGCAGCAAACCUAUCCAGCCCUGGUAGUGGAAAAAAUGUUGAAAGCUUUGAAAUUCCAUUCACACGAAGCCCGGAUGAAAUUCCCCAGACUGCUGCAGAUCAUAGAGCAAUAUCCAGAGGAGACCCUGAGCCUAAUGGCAAAAGAGAUGUCAUCCAUUCCCUGCUGGCAGUUCAUUGGCUGGAUCAGCCACAUGGUGGCCUUAUUGGACAAAGAGGAAGCCGUUGCAGUCCAGCGCACCGUGGCGGAGAUUGCUGACCACUAUCCCCAGGCGAUAGUCUACCCAUUCAUAAUAAGCAGUGAAAGCUAUUCCUUCAGCAACACUUCUACCGGGCAUAAGAAUAAGGAGUUUGUGGAAAGGAUUAAACUGAAGUUGGAUCAAGGAGGCGUAAUUCAAGAUUUUAUUAACGCCUUAGAGCAACUCUCUAAUCCUGAAUUGCUCUUUAAGGACUGGACUGAAGAUAUGAAGAUUGAGUUAGCAAAAAAUCCCAUCAAUAAAAAAACCAUUGAGAAGCUGUAUGAAAGAAUGUAUGCAGCCUUGGGACAAUCAAAUGCUCCAGGCCUGGGGCCUUUUAGAAAGAAGUUUAUUCAGGCAUUUGGAAAAGAAUUUGAUAAACACUUUGGGAGAGGAGGCUCUAAGCUUUCUGGAAUGAAGCUCCGUGACUUCACUGAUAUCACCAGCUCUCUCCUUUCAAGCAUGUACAGAGACUCAAAGCCACCUGGGAAUUUGAAAGAAUGGUCUCCCUGGAUGAGUGAAUUCAAGGUGGAGUUCUUAAGAAAUGAGCUAGAGAUUCCCGGUCAGUAUGAUGGCAAAGGGAAGCCCCUACCUGAAUACCACGUGCGAAUCGCUGGAUUCGAUGAGCGGGUGAAGGUGAUGGCUUCUAUCAGGAAGCCGAAGCGCAUUGUUAUCCGAGGCCACGAUGAGCAGGAGUACCCCUUCCUGGUGAAGGGCGGUGAGGACCUGCGGCAGGACCAGCGCAUUGAGCAGCUCUUCCAAGUCAUGAACAGCAUCUUGUCCUCAGAUGCUGCCUGUGGCCAGAGGAACCUGCAGCUGAAAACCUACCACGUGGUCCCCAUGACCUCCAGAAUAGGAUUAAUCGAAUGGAUUGAAAAUACUUUGACCUUGAAGGAGCUUCUCUUGAAUACCAUGUCCCAGGAGGAGAAAGCAGGUUACCAAAGUGAUUCCAAAGCACCAUGUUUUGAAUACAAAGACUGGCUGAGAAAGAUGUCAGGCAGAAUGGAUCUUAGCGCCUACACGUCAAUGUACAAGAAAGCAAAUCGGACUGAAACAGUCAUAUCUUUCAGAAAAAGAGAAAGUAAAGUGCCAUCCGACCUGCUAAAGCGGGCCUUCAUGGCCAUGAGCACGGGCCCCGAGGCUUUCCUGGCUCUGCGUGCCCACUGCGCCUGCUCUCAUGCCCUGCUGUGUGUCAGCCACUGGGUGCUAGGCAUCGGGGACAGGCACCUGAACAACUUCCUGAUCAGCAUGGAGACGGGCGGUGUGAUCGGAAUCGACUUUGGACAUGCAUUUGGAUCAGCUACACAGCUACCAGUCCCUGAGCUGAUGCCUUUUCGCCUGACUCGCCAGUUUGUCAACCUGAUGCUGCCUAUGAAGGAAACGGGCAUCACAUACAGUGUCAUGGUUCAUGCCCUGAGAGCCUUCCGCUCCCGGCCCGACCUGCUGCUUAGCACCAUGGAUGUGUUUGUCAGGGAGCCUUCCUUCGACUGGAAGAAUUUUGAACAGAAAAUGCUGAAAAAAGGAGGCUCAUGGAUUCAAGGGAUAAACAUAGCUGAAAAAGAUUGGUACCCCCAGCAGAAAAUACAUUAUGCUAAAAGAAAAUUGGAAGGCGCCAAUCCAGCAGUUAUUACUUGUGAUGAGCUACUUCUGGGCCAUGAGAAGGCACCUGCCUUUGGAGACUUUACAGCUGUGGCUCGAGGAAGCAAAGAUCACAACAUUCGUGCCCAGGAGCCAGAGAGUGGACUUUCAGAAGAGGCGCAAGUGAAGUGUCUGAUUGACCAGGCAACAGACCCCAAUAUUCUGGGCCGAACUUGGGAAGGAUGGGAGCCCUGGAUGUGAGGUCUAGGGGAGCCUACAGAUUAAAACGCAUUGAGUGGUUA